CAUGGAAACGGUAACUGGGCAACGCCGCCAGAACGUGAUUGUGGAAAUGUUUGCUCCGGAAGAAAAAAGGAAAACUGUUGUCUUUGUUUCUUGGUGUAGUUAAAAGUUCUCAUUUAUAAAUUCAAUGAGUUGCGUUCUAGAGGCUUAGAGAGAAGCAUUUUCCAUAACUUUUGCUCAGUUACUGUUUGUCCCAAAAUAUGACCAACCCAGAAGACACAAACUUUAAAUUUACCCAAACAGCCAAGGUCAGCAAACACGGAACGAAGAAAAAGGAAAGAAAAGGAAAGAAAAAACAGAAACGGAUUAAUGGAUCGGCCUCAACUACUCCAGAAAAUAAAGAUAAGCAAUUGUCUUGUGAGACAACGCCGCUCCUGCGUCCUCAGGAACCGGUCCAGACCCGACACCAGCUUUCCAAGCCCAAAACUAGCCAAAAGAAAAAUACAAAACAGCGCUCUGCUUUCAGCCAAAAAAGCAAAACACAUCAACAAAAUUCCCGGGCUAUCGUCAAAGUGACUGAUGAAACCAGCGGCUGCAGAACCGUGACGCAUGAGACUGGGCACAGAGAGAGCCUGAGGUGGGAAGGAGUUCUACAGGACCCUCAAGAGGAGGCCAAGAGGCUGGAGCAGUACAGGGCCGACAGGCGGCAGCGUUACAUUGCACACAGAGAGGCUCUGCUAAAAGAAACCCAGCAAGCCUCAAGGGAAGCUUUUAUUUAAAGACAAAAAGACUUUAAAAGACAAGAGUCUCACAUCGCUGAUCUGAAUGAAGAAAAAAUAAAUGAGUCACCUAAAGAUGUACAGAAGCUAUAAUAAUAAAUUGAGUUGUGCAAACACUUAAUCUA